AUCCCGGACUUAAUGACAGUAUAUAAAAACUUUGACUUCAUAUGUACACUAUUAGGCGUCGCAAUGCCCAAACCAAAUACGACAUAAGUCGUUGUGAUCGUCGCGGAGGACAUGGACAAAGUCCACAUCAAAUAGGAAAGUGGACAUGCAUGACACUGCAUUAACACAAAGGGUACAGCAUUGUUCAUGUGAAACUGAACAGUCAGUGAACAGUCCAGAUUCCGUCUGUAAAAAUCAAAUGACAGUUGACAUUAUUAUCAGUAAAAAAGUAAACAAUCAAAUGAAAUCAAACCAAAUUAUUUUUGUUUUUAAAUUUUAUUCUGAUUUAGAAAAUCUGGAAUUACUUAGGUAUACUUAAAUUUCAAGGUGAAAUAGUGUUUCAUUAAUUAUUUAUUUACUUGAAGGUAAAAUACUUUUAUUUAUUUACCGAUUUACAUUUGUACUAGAUCGGAGAUCUGUGGCAACAAUGCUAUUCCUUAGAUUUUAAAUGUUAUUCAUUCAUGUGACAACAAAAGAUUACGUAGAUGUAUGUAAAUGCCUCUAAACGACUACCUACAUUUCUUUAUCUCUGCUAUCUUGAAUAAUCAUUUUGUAACCCCUAAGCUGCGACGUGCUAAAAACUGAACUUUAGACUUUACUCUGGAGUAGAAAUUUACACAAAAAUGACGGCAGUCAUCCCAGCGGUUAGCAAAUUAUCCGGAAGGAUUAUCAGGAUCCUCGGAUGUAAUCCUGGUCCUAUGACUUUACAAGGCACCAACACCUAUCUUAUUGGAACUGGCAAGAAUCGAAUUCUCUUAGAUACUGGUGACAAAGAUGUGAAAGAGUAUCAAAAGAACUUGAGCGAAGUGGUGCAGUCAGAGCAGGUGGACAUUGAGCAUAUUGUGGUGACUCAUUGGCAUCAUGACCACAUUGGUGGUGUUGAGGAUGUUUAUGGCAAAAUUGCAAAACAAUCAAAAGUAUGGAAACACAAAAAAAACAAAGAUGACAGUCCAGACAAUGAGCUGCCACCAUCUAUCCCUAUCAACUGGCUGUCUGAUGGCCAAGAGAUCACUGUGGAAGGGGCUACGGUGAAAAUCUAUCACACACCGGGACAUACUACGGACCAUGUGGUGUUGACAUUGCUAGAAGAAAAUAUAUUGUUCAGUGGAGACUGUAUUCUGGGUGAAGGCACAGCGGUCUUUGAAGACUUGUACACAUAUAUGAAGAGUUUGCGCAGGAUAUUGGAUUUGCAGCCCAGGCUCAUUUAUCCAGGGCAUGGACCUGUGGUUGAAGAUCCUUUGCAGAAAAUAGAAUAUUACAUAGAGCAUAGAACCAAAAGGGAAGAGCAAAUAUUAGAUGUGUUAAAGAACAAUGCAUCAAAGCAGCUGAAUGAAAUGGACUUAGUCAAAAUUAUUUAUACUGAAACCCCAGAACAUCUCUGGCCCGCUGCCGCAUAUAAUGUAAACCAUCACCUCACAAAGUUAACAAAAGAAAAUAAGAUAAAAUGUAUUAAGAUCGAUGAUGAGAACAGAUGGCAGUUUGAUGGAGUCUGCAACUGCAACUUAUAAAAACGAAGAGAUAUUUACAUUUUUUGAUUUUGUUGGUUAUUGUUGUUGUUGCUGAUAUUUAUUGUUGUUACCAAUGAAUAAAAUAAAAUUCAAUUUUUGUGUA